CGUGAUUGAUUGGAGGUUACUGUAUAACAGCGGCGCAGUUCUUUGAGCGAGUGUUGUAGUGCAUGACGUGGGGUUUUGAGGUUGGAGAUGGCGAGCGUGAACGAGAAGUGGUCAGGAGCGGCCGGGUGGCUCAGUACUGCUCAAGUGAGUGCUGCGCAGCUAAGCCAGACGGUGGCAAAGUUGAGAAUGAUUGUGACCGAGGGGAUGGAGCUGCCAAUGUCGUCGAUUCGGAGUGUCCAGCAAUCCAUGCUGGAGAUAAUCUGGGGGUUGGAAGAGGGGCCACCCCCCCAUUUGGCAGCUUUUAUAGAUCGGCCACGAUUGUAUGCACUGAUGAGACGCUGCGAAGAGGAGCUUGAGGAGGGGCAAGGUCUCUGCGGCGAAUUGGAGGAUCGAUUGUUUGCGGACGACAACGAUAUCACAAUUGAUUCUUACAACAGCAACAUCAGUGUACACGAUGCCGCCACGACUGUCAAUAGCGACGACGAUAAUCAUUUCUCCUGCAUCGCUCAAAUCCAUAACAUCGACAACGCUAAUGACAAUAAUGAAUUGCCGAGGGCUGUGGCGCAUGGCGAGAACGGCAACAACGAUAACAACAACUACAUUCAGCAUGAUAAUGGAAUAGGAGGAGGGAACACUAGCAUGCGUGCGACUAUGAAGGAUAAUGAUUGCAACAACGGUAAUAGCAGCAGCGAGUGUUAUCCCUCUUUCCCCAGCAUCCCCYUUUUGUUCUCCCUCCYGGUGUACGUKGCGUCCGAUUGGGGGCGAGUGGGUUGGAUGACCGGAACGUGUUGUAAAUAUGAAGAUGUGAAGCCUCAAAUACCACCUGACUCUUUAGAGGCUGAACUGCGGGCUCAGGAGGAGAAACUCCGCUUACAGACCCAGGCAGUUGAGGCUCUAAAGGUUGAGCUGAAAAGGAAAGAGGAAGCAACUCAGAAGGAGGCCAAGAGAAAGCUGCUGAUUGCAGAUGUAGAGAAGAUCAGGACUAGUGGUACUUCCAACCAGGACAAUAAGGACAUGGCUGAAUUCAUCCUUUUGCAGGAUGACAUUCACCGUUCUUAUUUUACUAACUGGGAUGAGAGGAUCACCAGUUUGGACAAUAUUCACUCAACUUUUUCCAAAAAGUUGGAUGGCAUCUCUGCCAAACUGGAUCUGAUCUUCACUCACUUAAAGAUCCCAACCACUCUGACCGUUCCUCCUUCUCCUGGGCCUUCUCAAGCAGGUUCUCAUCAGCCCCCACAAUCCAGACCUACAUCUCCUCCCUCUACACCCAACACACCUGCAUCUUCCCAGCCCUCUAACCCAUUUGGCAUGCAGCGGCCUAAGCUGACCCCUCCACCUAUGUUCUCUGGCGAGGACCCAAAGGUGGAUGUCGCAGAUUGGGUGACUGCACAGAGAACCUACCUGAUUCAGGACUGGCCGCGGCCUGCUAAUAUUCGUGAUAUCCGGUCAUUCUUGGGGUUUGCUUCAUAUGAUAGGAAGUUCAUUCAGGACUUCUCUUCUAUUGCAACCCCUUUGAAUGAUCUCACAAAGAAAGACACUUCCUUUCUUUGGACAUCAGAGUGUCAGGAGGCUUUCACACAUCUCAAGGAGGCCUUGAGUCGUGCCCUUGUUUUGGAGUUAUCGGACCCUACCUUGCCUUUUGUGCUGACCACUGACGCCAGUGAGUAUGGUGUAGGGGCGGUACUUCAACAGGAUGAUGGGAAUGUUAUGCAGCUUAUUGAAUACAUGAGCAAGAAUAUCAAAACAAAGAAGCUGCUGGACUCUACCUAUGAGAAAGAGCUUUAUGCUCUUGUGUCAGCGCUCAAGCAUUGGAAGCACUUCCUCUUGGGCAGGCAUCUUAAGAUCUUCUCAGAUCACUCCACCCUACAGUGGAUGAAGUCCCAAGGAGAACUAAAUGACAAACUUGCUCGCUAUAUUCAGUUCAUUGACAUGUUUGAUUUUGAACUGAAACACAAGAAGGGCUUCUACAAUCGAGUAGCAGAUGCCCUUUCUCGUAGGCCUGGCGCUCUCUUCUUGAUCUCCUUUACUCGCUUAUUUGGAGAUAAGACUCGUCAGACCAUUGCCCAGUUCCUGCUCCUGGAUGCAAUUUUUGGGCCUGUAGUGAGGAAUCUCUAGGAUGAUCCUGCAUCUGAACCAAGAUAUACUCUGGUUUCGGACCUGCUGUACAACAGAGGUGAGGAACGUCUGUGCAUUCCCCAGGACCGCAAGCUGAGAACAC